AUGGCCGACUGGUUUCCCGAGACGACGAAGUUCUUCUUCGGCGACGACGAAGCGCCGAAGCCGUCGCACCACCACCCGGCGCGGGACGCUGCCAGCGACGGCGGCGGCGCGCUCCACCUCGACGUCAAGUCGCUGUCCAUCCGCGAGCUGCGGCGGAGUAUUAGCGACGCCGGCCUGGGUCACGCGGACUGCCUCGAGCGGAGCGAGCUCGAGGCGCGCUUCGAGGAGGCGCGGAGCCGCGAGUACACGGGCCCGUGCCCGUCGCCGGACGGCGCGCGCGCCGUGGAGAUCGCGGGCCUGCGCUGCUGCGUGCUCGGGUCGCCGAACCCGGAGCUCGUCGUCGUCAUCUACCACGGCUACUACGCGCCCGCGUCGGAGCUC